AUAAUAAAUAUAUGUACUUUUUCAGAGCAACUAUAGAGAAAGUACGUAGUUAUUAAAACGCGUUUGGAAAAACUACCAUCGGUAAUCACAGUGCGCAAAAACAAAAUAAAAUUAAUGAUAAUGAUGAUAUUUAGGUAAAUAUUAAUAGUUUACACAAUAAUACAUACGUAAAUAAUAAAUACUUAUGACCGUCGAAACGCAAUAAAUUUUUCUUUUGAUUCUAAGUGUCAACAUUGUCGUGAUCGUCUGACACGACAAAAUGAAAACAAACAUCGGAAAAUCUUUCAUUGUGUGCUUGUGCGUUCUAGUAGCAAGUAGCUCGUGUUUCCAGAAGCACAUUCGAGCACUAACAGCAAAAGUUCACAGUCUAUUUGGGAAUGAACCGUGUGACGAUGUCAGUUCUACAGCAUCAACGUGGAAGCCUAACGACAACGAUGCACAGCCAACUGUGUCAGAGUGCAACAUACAUACUGAUGACAGAAACUAUUUGUUUGGUGUCGACUGGAGAAACGUGAGUUCCAGAAUUGCUAACAAUUGGUGGAUAAUCGCUGUGUCUUCGCUUCUACCAUUCUUUGUCUUCUGGCGAAUCCAAUACGUCAUGAGAUACAAGCUCCACGACUGGAAAAAAUCUUUCAUUCAAAAAGAAAAGGCGUACACCCGUUCCAGAAGACUCACGCUUCCAGAUUUAACUUUGGCCAAACAUGCAAGAAGAGAGUCGUUGGCUGAAUCCACACAAAAACUCACAAAUCGUCCCAAAAAGAUGUCUCAAUGCAAUAUUUCACAGUUUAAGAGUAUACGAAAAAAUUCAUUUGAGAGAAAUGAAGAACUAUUAGGGGACUCAAAGAGAGUUCACUUAAUUAGGCGUCGGCAUUAAUGAUGUAUUUAGUACCUAAUUUAAAGUGUUUAAAUUUGUAUCUUAUAUGUAUAUGUGCCAACUUUGUCUAAGUCUGAGUGCACAAAAUUGUUUAAUAAAUUUUAAUAAAUAAAAAAAUA